AUGAAGAACCAAGGCGGGGAGACCAAAGCGGCCCCGCGGCCUGCUAGCUCUUCCAAAAUGAGCGGCGCUCUGGUGCUGGAGGAGGGCGACUCGCCGGAGGCUGCAGCACCCCUGGAAGCUCCUCUUGCGCAGGAGGACACCAAGUCCUCCCGGCCCGCCGUGCGUGACGUCUCCGAAGAGCUGAGCCGGCAGCUCGAGGACAUCUUGAACACGUACUGCGUGGAUGCCAGCCAGGAGGGCCCGGGCGAGGACGGCGGGCAGAGCGAGCCCGCCGAGCCGGAAGAAGCCGAGAAGUGUCGUAGCGAGUCCCCCCGGAACGGUGACCAGGAGACGGGCGGCCCCGAGAUGAACGGGGAGAAGGAGAUCACGAAGGGGACCGAAGAGUUUCGACCCGGCGAGGAGUGUGGGGAGCGGGAUCAGAAGAAGGCUCAGGAAAAGAAGAAAGCCAAGGGCCUGGGCAAAGAAAUCACUUUGCUGAUGCAGACGCUGAACACCCUGAGCACACCAGAGGAGAAACUAGCAGCUCUGUGCAAGAAAUACGCUGAGCUGCUGGAAGAGCACCGUAACUCCCAGAAGCAGAUGAAGAUCUUGCAGAAGAAGCAGACGCAGCUGGUGCAAGAGAAGGACCACCUGCAGAGCGAGCACAGCAAGGCCAUCCUGGCCCGCAGCAAGCUGGAGAGCCUGUGCCGCGAGCUCCAGAGACACAACCGCACCCUCAAGGAGGAGGGUGUCCAACGUGCGCGGGAGGAAGAGGAGAAGCGGAAGGAGGUGACAUCCCACUUCCAGGUGACGCUGAACGACAUCCAGCUCCAGAUGGAGCAGCACAACGAGAGGAACUCCAAGCUGCGCCAGGAGAACAUGGAGCUGGCAGAGCGACUCAAGAAGCUCAUCGAGCAGUACGAGCUGCGGGAGGAGCACAUCGAUAAGGUGUUCAAACACAAGGACCUGCAGCAGCAGCUGGUGGACGCCAAGCUCCAGCAGGCGCAGGAAAUGCUGAAGGAGGCAGAGGAGAGACACCAGCGGGAGAAGGACUUUCUGCUGAAGGAAGCUGUGGAAUCGCAGAGGAUGUGCGAGCUGAUGAAGCAGCAGGAGACUCAUCUCAAGCAGCAGCUUGCUCUCUACACAGAGAAGUUUGAAGAAUUCCAGAACACCCUUUCCAAAAGCAGCGAAGUGUUCACGACGUUUAAACAGGAGAUGGAGAAGAUGACGAAGAAAAUCAAGAAGCUGGAGAAAGAGACCACCAUGUACCGCUCUCGCUGGGAGAGCAGCAACAAGGCUCUCCUGGAGAUGGCUGAAGAGAAAACCCUUCGGGACAAAGAGUUAGAGGGGCUUCAGGUGAAAAUCCAGCGCUUGGAGAAGCUGUGCCGAGCCCUGCAAACGGAGCGCAAUGACCUCAACAAGAAGGUGCAGGACCUGUGUGCCCACGCGCCCCGGGCAGACACGGACCUGUUGGAGCCUUUGAAGGACCCAUCCCGGGACGGCCCCGAGGCGGCGCCGGGAGGCGCUCCGGCAGAGCAGCGCCUGGCUGAGGAUUGCCUUCGCUCGGGAAAGCCGCCACACAGCCCGGAUCCUGCGGAGAGCCUGGGAGAACUGAGCACGGGAGCCUUGGGGCAGAGUGGGACUGAGGAAGGCACUCAGGGCGCUGACUGAGCCCGCGGUAGGCAGAGGGAGGGCGAGGGAGGGUAACGUGAAUGUUUCCGUAGACUCGAUCUGAUGUCCCUCUCCUGGUCCUUGGAUGGGCGCGAGAGGACGGCCCUCCUGGGGAUUUGAGAUUGCCUAGCUUAGGUUCUUGGAGGGUUUUUAAAAUUUUAUAUAUAUAUA